AUGCGGAGCGCGCUCAGGUGGCUCCAGGGCGCCGAGGACAGAGACGAGCAGCAGCGCUGGAGCAGCUGUAGGGGUGCCACCGCCACCGACCCCAGUGCCGUCGCCCCCUGCGACCGCGCCAGCGCCAGCGCCACCGCCUGGGCCAGCACCAACCCUGGCACCAGCGCCGACGGCGACUUGGCUGCCUGUUUCUCCGCCACCACCUCGGCCUCUACCUUCGUCCCCGUCUCUACUCCCGCAUCUGCUCACUCGCCUGCCUCUCUCAUCAACUCGACCGCGUCGCUCACACAGUCACCGUCGCCCCAGCCGUCUAUUGCCGUCGCCCCCCCGAGGCGAGACGAGGCCUCGUCCUCGUCGCUCAACUCUGCCAUUUCCGACGACGACCUCGCCGGCUGCGACCUCGUCGAUAUGACCACCGGCGCCCUCGAUGCCUCGGCCAUCGGUCGUGGCCGUCACGACUCCUUCGUGAGCGCCGGCCCCAAGCCCAUCAACAUGAACAACCAGAACCGCGACAGCGUCAACCGGAACCGAAGAGAGUCUCUGGCUGGAAGCCUCAUGGGCGGCGUCAGCUGGGGAGGCAUGUCCUUUGGCAGCUUCGUUCGAGACGACAUCAUGAUGCUGGGCACAUCGCCGUUCCCUGUUGGCGCGCCCCAGUCGUCGUCUUUCCACUCAUCGUCGUAUCUUCCCAAACUCGAAGCCAACUUCAUGCGAGACUUUACUUGCUGUGGCAAGAUCCUUCCGAACCUCCAUGACUUGCUCCAGCAUUAUGAGGAAGCCCACACCCAGCCGAGCCCAAACACGUCGCGCAACAACGCCUUCUCUCAGUUCAGCCAAGUCGGCAUGCCAGGCGCCUCGGCCGUGUCCAGCUCGCGCACGACUCCCGGGCCCGGACAGAUGCACACACAGUCUUCUCCCCAGCUCGGUCAGCAGCGGUCUUCUAGCUCAGGCUUCCAGAUGACUGGUGCGCAGAUUUCGGGGCCCAGCAGCGCCCAGAUGAGCCCUUCGAUGGCGAGCAACAUGCAUGACGACAUGGACGCUGUUGCGGACAUGGAGAUGGACGAUGCUCAGCAGCGCCCACAGCUUAACAUGAAUACAUCUGGCCUGACGCAGGGUCUGCGUACCUCGCAGCCGCCCACGCCUGCAGCCGCCAGCUUUGGACUCCAGCACAACCCGACCGUCUCAUCUGUCAACACGCCGACCCUCACCACCCACCAGCAACUGCCACAGCAGCACCAACGGGCCGUUGGCAUGGACGAUAUGGACGAGGACUUGCCGGGCAUGCCUCUGGGCGGUGGCAACAGUGCCGAUAUUGGAGAUGGCAACUUCACCGGCAACGGGAACAACGAAUCCAAUUUCUGCAUCAACGAUCCUGGAAAGCACCUGUUCAGCCCCAACAGCGCAGCCCCCGCAGGAAACCGAACCAUUCAGCAGCAGCUGGCAGCACUCGGCCUGCAACAGGGCCAGUUCGCUGAUAUCGAGACUAACAAGGUGCUCCUCCAACGUCUCCAGAGCAUGAUGAUGCCCGAGGAACACAAGCCGUUCAAAUGCCCCGUCAUCGGGUGCGAGAAGGCCUACAAGAACCAGAAUGGACUGAAAUAUCACAAGGCACACGGCCACCAGACGCAGCAGCUGCACGAAAACGGCGACGGAACAUUUUCUAUUGUCAACCCCGAGACGAGCGCCCCAUACCCGGGGACUCUGGGCAUGGAGAAGGAGAAGCCUUUCAACUGCGAGACUUGCGGGAAGCGCUACAAGAACCUGAACGGCCUGAAAUACCACAAAGCUCACUCUCUCCCCUGCAAUCCGGAAUUUAAGCUCCAAGCCCUUGCAGCUGGCUUGGCCUUACCCGGGUUGGCUGAGGACCAAGCGAUGCAGCAGUAA